CCAUUCCGUACGUAAUAGUUACAAUAUGGUCGACAACAUGAGCGACGACGUGGUGAACAAUGUGCAAAAUCUGAAUUUAAAGGACGAAAAGGCAUGAAUACAGUUUACACUUGUCAUAACUUCUCGCAUUUUUAUUUGUAGCGUUAAAAUAUGUUGUCGAGUUCACGUCUUUGCAGUAUCAGAAACUUUUAUAAUGUUUCUAAGCGGACACAUGCUUCUUGGGCGAAGUUGAUGAAAAAGACGAAAAAAAAGAAUGCUCCUGCCGAUGAACAUACAGUGUCCGAAUUAAAUCCUUGGCCCAGCUAUAUCCAGGAUCGUAUCAUACUGUGGAAUAAACUAAAAGCUGAAUACGAUGCGUCGAUAGCUGAGAAGCCGGUCACCGAUAUAAAAAUAACUCUUCCCGAUGGAAAGGAAGUUGCUGGUCAGUCUUGGCGUACGACCCCGUAUGAAGUUGCAAAAAAUAUUAGCCAGGGCUUGGCGGAUAGUAUCGUUAUUGCAAAAGUCAAUAACGAACUAUGGGAUCUGGACAGACCUCUGGAGUUCGAUUGUAAACUCGAACUUCUCAAGUUCGACCAUCCCGACGGUCAGCAAGUCUUCUGGCAUUCCAGCGCGCAUAUUUUGGGAGAAGCCAUGGAAAGAGUAUACGGCGGUUGCUUAUGUUAUGGCCCGCCUAUAGAAAAUGGAUUCUAUUACGAUAUGUAUUUAGAUGACAAAGGGAUUUCAAACUUAGACUUUCCUUACUUGGAGAGUCUGUAUAAAAAUAUAGUUAAAGAGAAGCAGCCUUUCGAAAGAUUAGAAAUGAAAAAGGAAGAUCUCUUGGAGAUGUUUAAAUACAACGAAUUUAAGCUUCGGAUUAUUAACGAAAAAAUACAUACACCCACCACUACGGUGUACAGGUGUGGACCGUUGAUCGAUUUAUGCAGAGGCCCGCACAUUAAACAUACCGGAAAGGUUAAAGGCAUCAAAGUUACCAAGAACUCUUCCACUUAUUGGGAAGGAAACGCCAACGCGGAAUCGUUGCAGAGAGUUUACGGUAUCAGUUUUCCAGACACUAAACAAUUGAAGGAAUGGGAAAAGUUACAAGAGGAGGCUGCUAAGAGAGAUCACAGAAAAAUCGGGAGAGAACAGGAGCUAUUUUUCUUUCACGAACUCUCUCCUGGAUCGUGUUUCUUUCAGCCUCGUGGAGCGUACAUUUAUAAUACUUUGAUCGAAUUUAUACGCUCGGAGUACAGAAAACGAGGCUUCCAGGAAGUAGUGACGCCUAAUAUUUUUAAUAGUAAACUGUGGCAAACGUCUGGCCAUUGGCAACAUUACGCGGAGAACAUGUUCUCGUUCGACGUCGAAAAGGAAACAUUCGCGCUGAAGCCAAUGAACUGUCCUGGCCAUUGCAUGAUCUUCGAUGUUCGUAACAGAUCUUGGCGCGAAUUGCCAUUAAGAAUGGCCGAUUUCGGCGUGUUGCAUCGAAACGAGUUAUCGGGCGCUCUAACUGGACUCACCAGAGUGAGGCGUUUCCAGCAGGACGAUGCGCAUAUAUUCUGUUCGGUUAACCAAAUCAAGCAAGAAAUCUGCGGAGCACUCGACUUUCUGCGACACGUGUACACGGUCUUCGGAUUCACGUUUAAUCUGGUUCUCUCCACGAGACCUGAAAAGUACAUGGGAGAGUUAGACAUGUGGAAUCAAGCUGAAAAAGCACUGGAAGAGAGUCUAAACUUAUUUGGAGAACCGUGGAAGAUCAAUCCUGCGGAUGGGGCGUUUUACGGUCCGAAAAUUGAUAUAACGAUUAUGGAUGCGUUAAAGAGACCCCAUCAGUGCGCUACCAUUCAGUUGGACUUUCAGCUACCGAUCAGAUUCAAUUUAUCGUACGUUAACGAAACUGGAGAGAAAACGAGGCCAGUGAUCAUUCACAGAGCUAUCUUAGGCUCCGUGGAGAGAAUGAUCGCGAUUUUAACCGAAUCUUAUGCCGGAAAGUGGCCAUUCUGGCUGAGUCCGCGACAAGCGAUGGUCAUUCCAGUAAGUCCUCUGCACAACGAUUAUGCUUUCCAAGUGAAAGAUAAACUCUGGAAUGCUGGGUUUAUGGCGGAAGUUGACACGGACGCGAGCGACACUUUAAAUAAAAAAGUGCGAAACGCGCAGCUGGCACAAUUCAACUUCAUCCUUGUUGUUGGGGAGAACGAGCUUAACGCUAACACGGUUAACGUACGAACCAGGGACAACGUGGUACACGGAGAAGUCGGUGUAGGAGAUUUGAUCGAGAAAUUCAAAUUGUUCAAGGAAAGGAAAGACAAGAAUUGCGAGGAGAAGUUUUAAAUAAGCUCUGCGAAUAAGCAAAAUAUUAAUUUAUUUGUAACUAGUAAUUCCGGUGUUAUCGAUUGUAGUACAAGUCCGACCGAAUUUCAAAUAACAUUUUCUAUAUGUACUAAAAGUAAUGCACCCAAAGCUAUUUGAACAAAAUAUUUCACGCCGCGAGAGUCCUAUUUCUAGAGACAUUUUACAAAGACUUAGGAUAACGUUUUAUAGAAUAUUUUGCAUUUAAUCGAUUCUAUGGCCAAGGUUCGAUACGUUAAUAAAAAAAAGGAAGUAACGGAUACACAGAAA